AUGUCCGUGGGUUCCUGGGCGGAGGAGGACGGGGAGAGGCUGGACCAGGUCGAUGUCCUGCAGUCCGAUGGCGAGAGUGGCCUGGAGGAUGACCUGCAGGCCAAGUUCUGCGCCCUGGAGUCGGGCUCGGAACCUCCGCCCUGCAGCAAGAGCGGCUCCUCCUCAGAAAGCCCCGAGGGCGCCACCAGCAGCGACGUGCCCCAGGUCAUCCCCUGCAUGCUGCUCUUCUCCCUGGCCUUCCAGACGUACCCAGAUUCUAGAAGAACGUAUACCGGAAGUUCUACGGAAAGGUCUAAGAAAUUGUCCACCUCCGAGAAAGCCAGCUCCAAGGCCCGUCGUUACUACCACAUUGAGUAUUUCCUCCUCCCGGACGACGAGGAGCCCAGGAAGGUGGACAUGGUGGUGUUCCCCACCCUGACCAAAGUGUUCAUGGACUCAGGAGUGAAGACCGUGAAGCCGUGGAUAGAAGGAGACAAAAUCUGGGUGACCUGGACCCAAAACUUUAACAUCCAGGUGACAAAGGAAUUCCUAAAGAAAAUCAUUUUUUACAAAAUCAAUAUGAAAAUCUGGGACACGAAAGACAAAGUCGCGAGGAAGGUCAGGUAUUACCGCCUCAAGGCCUCGGGGUAUACGGAAGAUCUGUCUGCUUUCGACGUGAGAAACCUGGUUGUGCAUCAGCGGAGGCUGUCGGAGCAGAGCAGUUACAACAAGGAGGAAUGGAACCAGGACUUCAUCGCCAGCAAGAUGGGGAAAGCACGGAAAGCAAAGGGCUUGCAUGUCAAACAAGGAGAUUCCGUGACAAAACGGAAACUGUCGAAGAGAGUGAAGAAAAUGUCCAAGGACAACGAGAGCGAGAUCAGGCUGAUGAUGGCCUCAUUUACUCCGGACGUCUUCUCCAUCCAGCUGUCGCUCACGCCGCUGCUCGCAGGAUGGAAGAUGGUACUGAGUCGGGGACACGGGCGGUCCCCCAACAUCAUAGACUGCUUUCUGACUUUGAAAACCGACGAGCCCAUCAUGAACGAACAGCAGCGGCAGGAGCUGAACCCGAUGACCAUCAAGAUCGACCGCGUGAGCUGCCUGCCUUCAUCGCCGGUGCCGCUCUGGAAGCUGGAGAGUCAGUGCGCGCCCGUCUACUGCAAAUACCAGUUUCCCGGCAUGCCAGCGCACGUGACCGAGGGGUACCCUCACAGCACCCGCAUCUACUUCCAGGACGUCAACGUCAUCUUCCUGGGGGACAUGCACCCCGGGGACCUGCGGGGGCUCCUGGACGGUCCCCCCUUGGUGAUAGAAGUGCACGACCGGGACCUCAGGACCGAGAACACUAGCCAGAGGCCCGCUCUGUUCGGCGAGGAGCCCCUGGACACCUUCCCAAACCUCCACGCCUUCGUCUCUCCCCGAGACCCCGAGUUUAACCCCUUCGAGUCACAGAGCAAGACGUGGAACCCUUACGGGGUGGCCCGGGUCAGCUUCGCCGACCUGCUCCUGGGCCGCAAGUACCUGAACCUGUCCGUCCCCAUCCUCCGCUGCGAGCCGCCGCCCACCAACCCCGGCCUGCACAGGAGGCGGCCGCAGGCCCUGGACAGCUUCCAGCCCCUGCCCGCCGGCAACUACCUGGAGGCCCACUCCCAGCUCAAGCUGCGGGUGGACAUCGAGGUCCCCCUGCCGUGGACCGGGCCCGAGACCCCCGAGCCGGACCCCACGGGACCCCCGUUUGGCCGCAUCAUCUUCGUGUUCGGGUCCAAGCAGCAUCUGCUUCUGCGGCCGCUGCUGCACGACAUCACGGUCAUCAACGCCAGGGCCCUCCACGUGGACACCUACCCGCUGUGCAACAUCUCGCAGAUCCUGCCGGCCAUCAAGGUGCGCACGAACAUCAAGGACCGGCAGGACCUGGACGUGAUCACCGGCUUCCACCUGCUGGACGGGCAGUGCCACCUGCUCAUCCUGGAGGGCCUGUCCUGCCAGGGUUUGAAGCGCCUGUGGGAGAACUACCAGAGCCGGAUCCCCUUUGUGGAGCACAGGCCGUGCCCGCCCUACAAGGUGCUGUACAACUCCCAGCUGCUCUUCCGCCACCGCCUGUACGGGGACCUGGACAGCGUCGUGUACCACGUGCACCUCUGUCAGCCCCUGGAAGAGCUGAUGCGGCGCCCGGAGCUGUACCUGCGGGACACGGUGCCGAAGCCUGUCUUCCAGGCCCUGACCAGGAUCUACGACAUCUGCAACCAGAACACCAGGCUCAGGGAGGUGGUCACCAGGGACCUGCUGCCGUCCGCGGCCAUGGUCAGGCUCCUGAGCCAGCAGUUCGGGCUGCCCAUCUCGCAGGAAGAGUUCCUGGAGGAAGAGGGGCUGGCCACCCUCGCCCUGCCACGCUCCCCACGCCCGGAGCCAGCCCUGAAGCCACACGUCAGCCUGUCCCAGGACAUCGAGGAGCACCAGGCGCGCUACCUGCAGUGGCGGGACAGUGCCACGCUGCUGGGCCAGGAGGGCAGCCACAGCUUCGUCCAGGUGCCCCGGAAGAGAUUCACCUACUCCCAGAAGUACCUCUCGGCCAUGGUGGACUGCUGCGACCCUGAGGAGAGGACGGCCGGGCGGGAGUCCCGGGGGCCCUGGCUCACGGCCAAGGGCUUCCAAGUGACGGGCCUGCAGAAGACCAACUACCUCUUCCCGCUGCAGCUGGGCACCGCAUUCACUGAGGAGUGGCAGGAAGGGGCACUGUUCCGGAACGUGCUGGAGAACGUGCUGGACCGUGACAGGUGGCCCUGGGACCAGCGCCGCCAGGACUUCGAGCUGUACAAGAAGCCCCCUCCUUUCUUCCAGUUGCCCCCGGUGCCACGGCGCAAGCCCCUGCCAGGCCACCACCUUGCCCAGGGGGCACUCAUGGGCCCCCCAUCACGGCCCGCCUAA